UGUUGAUGACUUUUAUGCACAGAGUUCUGCUAUCUGGUGCCAGCUUGAUUCUCUCCGCAGUGCUGGUUGUCGUACUUGCCCCUGCUGCCAGGCUGUCCAGGCCGAUUUGGAGUUUCAUCGCGUCUACGAGUUCCUGUCUCGGCUCCGUAAGGAGUUUGAGCCCCGGCGUGCUCAGUUGCUUGCUCGUGGCCGUAUUUCUCUCAUGGAGGCGCUUUCAGAGAUUCGUGCUGAGGAGACUCGCCUACGUGGUGCUGGUUUGCUGGAGGUUCCCUCUGUGCUCGCUACUCGGGUUUCUUCCACUCCGCCGGCUGCACCGCCCCAUUCUCGCUCGAGUGCUCCGCCGCUCUUGCCCACUCCUUCUGGAGGCUCAGGUCACCCCCGUUCACAUUGUGACUACUGCAACAAUGAUGGUCAUAUUGAGUCCCAGUGCUACACAAAGCGGAAACACCUGCGCAAGGCGCGAUCAUCCUCCUCAAGGACUUCGUCAUCUCCCUCGCCAGCUUCAGCCAUUGCUUUGACUGAACAGGAUAUUCUGAGACUUAAGCGUCUGCUCGCGGCUUCAGGUUCUUCCUCGACGGGUACUGCUGGUUCUGUGACUGAUGCUUCCCGCACUGAGCACCCGCCCUCUACACAGUCAGGAUCGUCGCACGCACACUCUGGUUGGGGCUGGCCCUCGCCGCCGUGAUUCUCAGGGUCUUUGGGAGUUGGACUGGCUUCAUGUUCCUUCCGCUGCCACCACCAUCGCCAGUCCCUCCGCUGCUGUCGCCUCUGUUACUGGUUCCUUCAAGCAGUGGCAUCAUCGACUUGGUCAUCUGUGUGGUUCUCGGUUAUCGUCUUUAGUUCGUCGAGGUCUUCUGGGGUCUGUCUCAGGAGAUGUCUCUUUAGAGUGUCAGGGUUGUCGUUUUGGCAAGCAGAUUCAGUUACCAUAUUCCCAUAUAGUGAGUCAGUGUCUAAGCGUCCUUUCGAUUUAGUCCAUUCUGAUGUAUGGGGUCCGGCUCCUUUCGCUUCGAAAGGUGGUCAUAAAUACUAUAUUAUUUUCAUCGAUGAUUUUUCUCGUUACACAUGGCUUUAUUUCAUGACUUCACGUAGUGAGGUGUU